UUAUGGUCAAUUUUUCACCACCAUAUUUCAGGAUUUCCAGAGGUACUCCACCAGAGAGAGAGAGAGAGAGAGAGAGAGAGAGAGAGAGAGAGAGAGAGAGAGAGAGAGAGAGAGAGGAGAGGGAGAGGGAGAGGGAGAGGGAGAGGGAGAGGGAGAGGGAGAGGGAGAGGGAGAGGGAGAGGGAGAGGGAGAGGGAGAGGGAGAGGGAGAGGGAGAGGGAGAGGGAGAGGGAGAGGGAGAGGGAGAGGAGUUAUCCAUUCCACACAGACAGGCCUGGUCUGGUCAGGUCGGCUAGACGACGAUCGCCGAGGCCCCUCGAAUCCUGGGUCCCCU